AUCUGUUGCUCCGCCGUCUGAUUCCAACGCGCAGAGUCACGGAGUCAGAAUCAUGGCCGUCGCCAAUCUUGCGCCACUCUUCUCUCACCCAAACCCCUCUCCUAAAUUUUCUUCUCUUACUUUCAACUCCAAUCCUCUGUUCUGCACUCACCAAUCUCGUUAUUUCCGGACCGGAAAAUCGCCGCUAACCGCCAACAAUACAAAGCCAAGGCGGCUCUACGUAGCCGUCUCAACCUCACAUUCUCUGCAGGCUCUCAUCUUUGAUUGCGAUGGAGUGAUUCUGGAAUCCGAGCACUUGCACCGCCAAGCUUACAAUGACGCUUUCUCUCAUUUCAACGUCCGUUGUCCUCCAUCCUCCGCGCCUCUCAACUGGUCUCUCGAAUUUUACGAUGUGCUCCAGAACCAGAUUGGUGGUGGCAAACCAAAGAUGAGAUGGUACUUCAAGGAACACGGGUGGCCAUCUUCAACAAUUCUCGAGAAGCCGCCGGAGAGUGAUGAGGAACGUGCCAAGUUGAUUGAUACUCUACAGGAUUGGAAGACUGAGAGAUACAAAGAAAUUAUCAAAUCUGGAACUGUUAAACCUCGACCUGGAGUUCUGAGAUUGAUGGAUGAGGCUAAGGCUGCUGGGAAGAAAGUAUCAGUUUGCUCUGCAGCAACUAAGAGUUCAGUUAUACUGUGUCUUGAAAAUCUUAUUGGAAUUGAGCGCUUUCAAGGUCUUGAUUGCUUCCUUGCAGGUGAUGACGUGAAGGAAAAGAAGCCUGAUCCAUUAAUAUAUCAGACAGCUUCUAAGCAACUAGGUGUUUCAGAGAAAGAUUGUUUAGUGGUGGAGGAUAGCGUGAUUGGGCUACAGGCAGCAACAAGAGCUGGGAUGUCAUGUGUGAUUAGUUAUACACCUUCAACAGCUGAACAGGAUUUUACGGAUGCCAUAGCAAUCUAUCCUGAUUUGAGUAACGUGAGAUUGAAAGACUUGGAGCUAUUACUUCAAAAUGUUGUUGCUGCCAGUUAAGAGUACAACAUAUUCCUUGGAAUUCACAGCAAGAGCUGAUUUUAGAUGUUAUUGAAUUUCAAC